AGUUCUUGUGCUCCGGCGAUGCUUUGGUUUUGUGAGUGCGGUUCGGUCCCUGCGCCCAUGGCGAUGCAUUGCUGGUGGGGUGGAGUGGAAUGGGAACCAUGUGGGGCUGUGGUUGGAACCUCUACAUCCUCCACACCAUGACGGCCUUAGGGUGGCCUCAUCCUGCCCAGAAUGCAGCAGAUCUCCACGGGAGAGGGAUUCCUGCCCUUGUGAGAAGUGUGUGCUAAGAGGAGAGUUGAUUUGGCUGGCAAGCGACUGGCCUGUGCGUGGUGGUCCUAUGGACCCAAAUUCGGCAGCUGAAGCCUCACCCCCUUUGGGUUGUGACGAGCGGGGCUGCUGGGCUGCCCAUCUCCUGCACCCUGCUCAGUCACUGAGCAGCCCCUGCCCCCCUCUUUGCACCUCUCUGCUCGUUGGCUCGUUCCAAAAUACCCCCAUCCCUGUGCAGAACGCAGCCGGGAGCUGCGCGGCUCCGAGCCCUCGCUUAUGCUAAAAUAGAAGCAGAACAAAUGGUCGGAGCGAGAUCCUGGUUGUAAAGGCAGCCAAGGCUCUUCCUGCAGCAGCUGGUGGCUGGUAUGCUGCGUCUUGCUCCCUUCAGCAAGCCUUUCGAUAGAACUGGCAUUUUACUGCAGGGGGGAGAGAAGCAUCUGUCUUCAGGGUGGUGUUGGUGAGGCAGGGCUUGGCGCGUACCCUGUGCUUGCUGGGGGUUUGUAUGGUGGGGAUGCUGGAGUCACCCCGAUGCGUGCGGUGCAGGGCGCUUUGUAAGCAUCCCCCCCACCCCGUGCUGCUGCCGUCGGUGUGUUGGGUUUUCUCAGCAGUGGUUGCACACAGAGAGGUGUGGAUUCCAUCCUGGGAUGGGGAGCGAUGCUUUAUAACCACGACCGCUGCAGCACUGAGGGAUGCAGUGCAGCGGUGGGACCCAAGAGAUUGGGUCGGGGGUUGGACUCGAUGAUGUUGAAGGCUCUCUCUUCUGACUUUGGUGAUUCUGUGCUGUGUUGCCAUUGCAUUCCCAGGGGGAUUUGUCCCCCAAAAUGGCAUCGCUGGGGCACGGCGCUGUGCUGGGCUGAAGGAGUCAGUGAGGGAGGGAUGCUUGGACGGCCCCGCAGCUCCCAAUGGCAACUGGCUCUGGGAGCUCUGGGAGCAAAGAGCAAGAGGCUGAAACGGAGCGUUGGGAGUGAGGUUGGAAGCAGGAAGCCUUGGCCGUGCUCUGCUCCUCUCAAUCCCUGUGGCCAACAGCGACAGGAUUCCAUGCAUGGCCCUGGGAUGCAAAGGGCUGCUCCAUCAGAAGAGCCCCACUUGUACAGGUGUGAAGGGCAGAGGGGCUGCCCACGCUUGGAGGUGUUCUCCUCUCAUCCUUUGGAGCUCUGUGUUCACUCGUGUGACCUUUGGGCAUUUCGGUGGAGGAGGGAGCAGGGCUGCUUUGCACACAUCCACAGUGUGAUUCUAUGCAUAGGGGGAACGGGGGGGCUUUUUUUGUCCUGCAAAUGCAGAUUUGUUUUGUGUUCUGCUCAGAUGAAUACUGCUGUGGUAAAUAUGGAGCUCUGGGCGCUGCAGAAAGGAAUCCUGGUGGGUCUGGUCUUGGCUGAGUUGGAUGUGAGAGCUUUGGGGUUUGGUUCCUGCUUGGGGACUGAAGUCAAAUGUUGUGAGAGGUUGUGUGCAUCCUUCUGUGGCUCUGCUCCCAGCCUGGAACCCUGCACCAGAAAUGGGGCACUGCAGGGUGCUGUGCCCUGCACCAGGAGAUGGGUGCUGCAGGGCGCCCUGCACCAGGAGAUGGGUGCUGCAGGGCGCCCUGCAUCAGGAGGUGGGUGUUGCAAGGUGCCAUGCUGUGCACCAGGGUCACGUUCUGCCAUUGACGUGCUGGGAUUUCUCCAAUGUGGGAGCCCUGUGCCAUGUGCACCCUGUGAGUCCCUGGGGCUUUCUGGCUCCCCCUGGGACCUGCUGACAGGUCAUGGCCCGUUAGGCAGUGUUUGCACAGAGCUGUUUGUCUGCCAUCUUAUUUUGAUUUUGAUUGUUUUGGUAAUUUUGCGUCACCUUGGGUUGGGAAGGGGUGCAGGAAGGGAGCUGGUUUGUCAUGCGUGCUGGUGGGAUUUGCUUCAUUCCUGUGCAGCAGCAGCGUUUGGUGCUCCAGGGUCAUCCCAGCACCUUCCAGCUCAACCCCACCAACCCAGGAGGUCCUUGGGACCAGAGCUGGGAGCACCCACGGGUAUCCCUGUAAGCAGGGAGCAGCAGCCAUGUGCAUUCCCACCCCGAAUCCCUUUGGGAUGGGAUCCCACCCGCAACCCUGAUGCGAGCAGAGCCACACUGGGAGCACAGCAAACCCCAGGGGUUGGGAGGACCCCAUCACCCUCCUGGCUGCCUGAUGAGUCCUGGGUGCUGCUUCGGGUGCUGCUUGUGUUUUACUUUUCUCCUCUGUAGGUCCCCAUCGUGGCUCAUCUGCAUUUUCAGCCUCCUUCUCCCAACCGUUCUCACACUGAAGUCUGUAACGCUGAAAUUAUAGCAUCGCCGUCGUUUCCGUGGCAACUUGCAGGGAUGUAUUUAAAAAAAAAAAAAAAAAAAAAGGCCCAGAAGCCUUCUGAGGAUUAUGACUUCACUGAGGGAUCAGGCUGGAGGGGAAUCUGGGUCAGGCCGCUCUUCCCAUCCCCUGUCAUUUCCAUGGUCACGCCGGGGCAGAGGCACCCAUGGGUGCCCCCCCCUCCUUGCCCUCCCAGCACCUUGAGGUGCUGUGACCCAGGGGCAUGAGGUCAGCUGCCCUCCCUCAGGCAGGAGCAGAGCAGCUGGGGGUCAACGUGGCUGCAG